AUGUACAGCUGCAACGUCACAGGAGUGGACGAGUAUUGCUGCAAUAACGGCUGCUCAUGCGAUCCAAGCGCAGGGGGAGAGGUCGUGAGCUUCACAGGGACUCCUUAUACGAUCAGCGUCAUCGGAGUCACCAGCACCUAUGCGGAUCCCAGCGCGACUGGCCCAUCGUCCGCUAGCA